AUGACCACGCCGUCGCAAGUGAAAUGUCAGAGCGGUCAAUGCCCUAACGGCAACCCUCCCUCGAAGCUAGAGUGCCCGACCUGUCACAAGCUCGGGCUCGCCACUGGUGCAGGACUUAUCUCGACGCCAGGGAAAACGCACAAGAUCGUACACGAUAUUGCUAGGCCCCGCCAGCCGCUGCUCGACGAUCCCUCGAUCAACAAGAAUGGCACGUUCAACCCGUUUCCCCACUUCGCCUUCUCUGGCACUAUGCGCCCCGUCUACCCGUUGUCCCAAAAGCGCGAGCUUCCUGCACAUAUCAUGCGCCCAGAUUACGCUGAAGGAGCGAUACCGAUAUCGGAGAACAGGAUGAGAGCAGCACCUCCUCGGGUGCUUUCUUCUGAAGAGAUAGAGAAGAUGCGAACGGUCUGCAGGAUGGCACGGGAGGUGCUUGACAUUGCGGCGGCCGCCAUUCGUCCGGGUAUCACGACCGAUGCCAUCGACGCUAUCGUGCAUGAAGAAUGCAUCAAGCGCGAUGCGUACCCGUCGCCACUGAACUACAGGAGAUUUCCCAAAUCCGUCUGCACCUCCAUCAACGAGGUCAUCUGUCAUGGGAUUCCUGACCAACGCAAGUUGCUAGAAGGCGAUAUCAUCAACAUCGACGUGACGCUGUAUAAGGAUGGCUACCAUGGCGAUGUGAACGCGACUUACCCUGUUGGGCGGAUAGACGAGGAGUCGAAGAAGCUCAUCCGUACAACCCGUCAAUGUCUUGACGAAGCCAUCAAGAUCUGCAAACCCGGUGCACUCAUCCGCGACAUUGGCAAAACCAUCGAACCCAUCGCGCGCGCCCAAGGGUGUUCGGUCGUGAGGACCUAUACGGGUCAUGGCAUCAACGAUCUCUUCCAUCCGAACCCCAACAUCCCGCACUAUGCCAAGAAUAAGGCCAUUGGAACCAUGAAAGCUGGAACGUGUUUCACCAUAGAACCCAUGAUUAACCUUGGCGGCAACUGGGAUGAAGUGCACUGGCCCGAUAACUGGACUGCAACAACCGUCGACGGCAAACGGAGCGCACAGUUCGAGGAGACACUUCUGAUUACGGAGACCGGAGUUGAAGUGCUGACCGGAGGAGACCCACUCGAGCUGUAA